UUUACUGUACAACAUAUUCUACCAAUAUUUCGUUAUGCAAUUUUUCGAUGCAAAUUUCAACUUGACGGUAACGGCUUCUCAAUUGUACGGCUGUGACCCUGUGACGGAGAGAUUGCUAAGAUCGUUCUACGGUGGUAAGCUCCAGACAUUGAAAUCUAAAAAUAAACAUUAUGCGCCGCACAGUUCGUUCGAACUACGCAGAAACGUAAUUUUAAAUGUUUUGAAUAAUUGACAUGGACAAUUUGUGAAAUAGCUCCGUAAAAUGAUCGGCCCGAAAUUCAGACAGGCCGAGUUGUUGAGCACAAGUCAUUUGUUAUUGGUACUGUCGACGGUUUGGGUACGUGAACAUAAUCGAGUGUGCGACGAAUUGUCACGGAAGUCGCCGUCGUGGACGGAUGAAGAACUGUACACCACGGCCAGGAAAAUUGUGACUGGUCAAAUGAUGACCAUCAUGAUGAACGAAAUUCUAAAUGUGAAACUCAGACCGGAAGUGUACCACCAUCGAAUUGAAAACAUCAGUUGUUCCGGCUCGCCUAUUGAACUGUUUUUGACGAUGUUCCCUGCAUCAAGUCUGCCGGAAAAAUUGGAAUACAAUUCAACUAAAUUGACAAGCAACACCAGACAAAUUUCGGAAGAUGACUUAAAAAACACCCUGAAAUUUAUGGUGAAUUCAAAGAUGGGCAUGGUCACAGCCCACAAUGACGGUGUCGUGACGGAACGCCUUACAAGGAAAAUAAUGACAACCUCAAGAGAAAAUUGUUUACAGGGAUUUAAUAACUAUAGAAGGCUGUUAGGGCUGCCUGCUUACAAAAGCUUUUUCGAUUUGACCGGAAAUAAUGAAACCGCAACUGAAUUGAAAAAUCUGUAUAGUACUGUGGAAGACGUGGAGUUGUUAACCGGCGUAUUGACGGAAAGAUCCAGUUCCGGAGCCCUACCCACAGCCGAAAUCCUGUCGAAUAGUUUUAUCAUUAAUGCAAUCUUGACAAAUAAUAUCACCGCCAAACACUCGUGGGUACCAGACACGUUCGGUGGCGUAGAAUUUUUCGACUUAGUUAAGUCAACCAGUUUAAAGUCAUUGGUGUAUCGAAACGUGGAUGUGAAUCGUGACGAGUUACCGGUUCACCUUUACAUAAAAUAA